UGGCUGUCAGAACCCUGCUACUAGAGCCUGGAUGUGGCUCUGAGUUUCAGGGUCACUGACAUUGAUAAGACACCUGCGUCCCAGGACUCGGAGGAGAAACGGCUGAUGGACUUGGCGGGGAAUUUGCGCGGGGUUUUACUGAGCGGGAAGAGACUGUUCAAAUGAGGGGGAGGGUAUAUAAAGGAGGGUUGGCCGGAGCCUCCCAUUCUUGGCUUUUCUGAUGUUCAUGUUUCCUACAGUAAAAGUUCCUGGUGAUACCACAGAGAGUCUCGUGUGUUCAUUCAGGAGCGGCUGUGGUGAGCUGACACUAAGCCAAGAAUACGGACACCAUCCCGCUGUAGCGGUGAGGUGUAACAUGCAAGUGGAGGAUGAAGAGCUCUUGGGCGCCGGAGGAGGAAGGUCGGAAAGGGCCACUCCCGAGACGGACGCUGAGUUCCACCAGCUGGCGGCCCUGGCGUCAUCCACCGCUUAUGCCCAGCCAAAUGGGGUAACCCAGAGGCGCGGAGUGGUGCGGGGAGAUAGCACCGGAGGAGAGGAAGGUUCACCUUCCCCAGGCCCGCAAAAGAUGGUGUUUCUGGAGGAGAGGAUGUCGGCGAUGGAGACCACCCUGGCAGUGAUGUCGAGGGCGAUGGAGCGCCUGGCGGUUUUGGCGGAGCCGGAGCGAGGAAGGGAACUCCGGGCUAGCUCAAUGUGGGACGUGAGCAUGGGAAGCAGCCAGGGCUUUGCAGACCUCCCAGCACCGAAGGGAAGGGAAAUGCGAAAGGAGCCCGGUGCCCGGCCCAAGAUCCAAACGAGCCUGACGCGGGUGGAGGAGAGUGACGACGAAGGGGAAAAGCCUCCGAGAAUCCCGGCUACGCUCCCAACUGAGACCCUGGUGCCCCUGGCGAAUGCCGGGCGUGGCACAGGACAAAGGGAAGCAGCAGCGGGGCCCACUGGCCCGCAAGGGGGCUUGCGACGGGCGGAGAAUUGGGGAUUGCCACCACAGGGGCCCCUACCGAGACGAGAGGAACUAAGGAUCGAGUUUGGGGGAGAGUCCUCUGAACUGGAUUUUUUCCUGACCACGGUGAGGGGCUAUAUGGAGGACAAUGCCCACACUUUUAGAACGGAAUCCAGCCGGGUACGGGCCAUUGGUGCAGUGUUGAAGAGGGGAGCGGCCAGCUGGUACGUUCAACUACACGCGCGGCGCGACCCAUGUCUGGGGUCACUCCGACGCUUUAUGGGGGCCCUGGAGACCCGUUUCCGAGAUCCACUGGAGCAGAUCCGGGCGAGGGAGGAGUUGAAGACCGUCUCCCAGGGGCAGAGGUCGGUAUCUGAGUAUGCGGAGGAGUUCCAAUGCCUCGCUGAAAAGGUGCCGGAAUGGUCUGCAGUGACAAAGAUAGAACUCUUCAAAGAGGGGCUCAGGCGGGAGAUCCUCUCCUGGGCGGUGCAUCGUGAUGAGCCUGACACACUGCGCGGAUGGAUUCAGCUGGCGGGGCGCAUCGAGACAUCGCUGGCCCAGGCGAGGAGGCACCGAGGAGGGCUACAGCAGCGGCCGCAGAUGAAAGAGGGGAGCCGGAAGGAGGGAUCAACCCCAGCCGGGAGGAGAACGGAGCCGACAGGGAACGUGAGCACCAGCAGGAGGGGCUGCUUCGUGUGCGGCCGUUUGGGCCACAGGGCUGCCGAGUGCUGGCAGAGAAAAGGGGAAGGCGGAGGCCCGCCCAAACCAAGAGCCGUGGCAGGGAAACGCGCCGAGGAAGAACCACCGAUGAGGCACCACUCGGGGGGGUUGGACGAAGGGGAGGAGGACGCCAUGUCAGAACCCUGCUACUAGAGCCUGGAUGUGGCUCUGAGUUUCAGGGUCACUGACAUUGAUAAGACACCUGCGUCCCAGGACUCGGAGGAGAAACGGCUGAUGGACUUGGCGGGGAAUUUGCGCGGGGUUUUACUGAGCGGGAAGAGACUGUUCAAAUGAGGGGGAGGGUAUAUAAAGGAGGGUUGGCCGGAGCCUCCCAUUCUUGGCUUUUCUGAUGUUCAUGUUUCCUACAGUAAAAGUUCCUGGUGAUACCACAGAGAGUCUCGUGUGUUCAUUCAGGAGCGGCUGUGGUG